GUGAAGUUGUUUACCCAUUUUAAUGCAUCGCUCUCAUCCAUCCUACAAUCCCACUGUCCAGGAUAAAUUCUCUCUCUCUCUCUUGCUCACUGGGGCAAAUCGGAUUGCUCGCCGGAGCAUCGUCGGAGAUCGCCGAGAUUUGAAAGAUUUGUGACAUUUAGAUAAUGGGGUCGAAGAGUAAUUUGCCGGUGAACCGAAACCGGUGCUCAAUAUCUCUAUUUGGUGUGAUUGGUUUGUGUCUUUUCUUUUACAUUUUGGGAACAUGGCAGAGAAGUGGAUUUGGGAAAGGAGAUAGCAUAGCAAUGGAGAUUACCAGGCUAUCAAAUUGCAACACUGUUAAAGAAUUAGACUUUGAGGCUCAUCACAGAAUCGAACUUACCGAAUCCUCUGAGCCGAAAAAAAAGGUGUUCAAACCAUGCGACAUAAAGUACACAGAUUAUACACCUUGCCAAGAACAAGACCGAGCUAUGAGUUUCCCAAGAGAGAAUAUGAUAUACAGGGAAAGGCAUUGUCCUCCAGUAAAUGAAAAGUUGCACUGUCUUAUUCCAGCUCCCAAAGGUUAUAUGCCUCCAUUUCCCUGGCCCAAGGGCCGUGAUUAUGUUCAUUAUGCCAAUGUUCCAUAUAAGAGCCUGACAGUUGAGAAGGCAAAUCAGCAUUGGGUGGAAUUUCAGGGCAAUGUAUUCAGAUUUCCUGGUGGUGGGACAAUGUUUCCUCAAGGAGCGGAUGCAUAUAUUGAUGAACUAUCAUCAGUUAUUCCAAUUGCAGAUGGUUCCAUUAGAACAGCUCUGGAUACUGGUUGUGGGGUUGCUAGUUGGGGUGCGUAUUUGUUCAGCAGAAAUGUAUUAGCUAUGUCGUUUGCACCAAGGGACAAUCACGAAGCACAAAUACAGUUUGCACUGGAACGUGGUGUACCUGCUAUUAUUGGCGUGUUGGGUAGUAUACGCCUUCCAUAUCCAUCUAGAGCCUUUGAUAUGGCUCAGUGUUCGCGAUGCCUUAUACCAUGGACUUCAAAUGAUGGUAUCUAUCUUAUGGAAGUUGACAGAGUCCUGAGACCUGGUGGCUAUUGGAUCCUAUCUGGCCCUCCAAUCAACUGGAAGACCUAUUACCAGACAUGGAAACGCACUAAGGAGGAUCUAAAUGCAGAGCAGAAGAAAAUCGAAGAGCUAGCCGAGAAGCUCUGCUGGGAGAAAAAAUACGAGAAGGGAGAUAUUGCCAUCUGGAGAAAAAAGGAAAAUGACAAGUACUGCAAUAGGAAGAAUACUGUAAAAAUGUGUGAACCAAAUGAUUCUGAAGAUGUCUGGUACCAGAAAAUGGAUACAUGCAUCACCCCUUUUCCUGAGGUAAGUAGUGAUGAAGAAGUAGCGGGAGGGAAAUUGGAAAAGUUUCCUGCCCGGCUCUUUGCUGUUCCUCCCCGAAUAUCCAAUGGUUUGAUUCCAGACGUCACAGCUGAAUCUUUUGAAGAGGACAACAAAAUUUGGAGAAAGCAUGUUGAUGUUUACAAGAGGGUAAAUAACUUGAUUGGCAGCCCAAGGUACAGGAAUAUAAUGGACAUGAAUGCAAACCUCGGUGGAUUUGCAGCUGCAGUUCACUCGAAAAAUUCUUGGGUGAUGAAUGUUGUACCCACAAUUUCCAAGAACACUCUUGGAGCCAUUUACGAGAGAGGUCUGGUUGGCAUGUAUCAUGAUUGGUGUGAGGGCUUUUCUACGUACCCGAGGACGUACGACUUUAUUCAUGGGAGUGACGUAUUCGACCUGUACGAAAACACGUGCAAUAUCGAAGACAUACUUCUAGAGAUGGACCGUAUAUUGAGACCAGAGGGAAUCGUCAUCCUCCGAGACGGAGUGGACGUCCUGAAUAAGGUAAAAAUAAUAGCUGCAGGCAUGAGAUGGGACGUGAAAUUGAUGGAUGACGAGGACGGUCCUCUUGUGCCUAAGAAGAUAAUGGUUGCUGUUAAACAGUACUGGGUUGUAAGCAGCAGCCCACAGAAGAACAACAACAGCACAUCCAGUGAUGAAUAGAUGGGAUCCGAUUAGAGAGCUAAGAAAUGCUAGAAUUUUAGCAGCCUCUCAAAAGGAAGUUUUUGUUCCUUUUUUUAAAAAAUUUAUUCACUUGUAAGCUAAGCUAUAAUAUAGUGUUAUUGGUAAAAUAGAAAGAACUUGUAUAAUGCUUUAUAAUCUCAGUUCCCCAAGUAAUUGGGUAAUGAUUGCUGAAGAUGCAUAUUCCUUAUUCAUAAUUUAUUACCAAAACAGUUCAAUUUAUCA